AUUGCCCCCAACAUGGGAGGUGCAGCGGAUAUGAGUGGAUCGCAGUAGUCGGCAAAAGAUUAUUUGAACACAAUCCGAUUUAUUAUACUGUAUCGUUUUAAUCUGAUUUCAUUCUAAAGACUUCAAACACACUCCUUCCGCUUCUCUGUCGAAAAUCAUCCGGAACAGGCAACAGUUUAAGCCACGGCGGAGCAAGUUGAGUGUCUAUUUUUGUAUCCUGCCUCAAAAGCACAGUGUGUCAGUUCGUAUGAAGCUUUUAUUUCCAUAAAGACUUGAAUAAUGUCAACGACAUCGCUGGAUAAAGAGCUGCAGGAGCGUCUGAGAGAGGCCAGUGCCAUCGGAGACAUCGAUGAGGUGAAGACUUUAGUGGAGAGCGGAGUCAACGUCAACUCUCAGAAUGAGAUCAACGGAUGGACAUGUUUGCAUUGGGCCUGUAAAAGAAACCACAAACAGAUAGUGGCCUAUCUGUUGAACGCCGGAGCCGAUAAAGACGUUCUAACAGCGAAAGAGGAGUUAGCUGUUCAACUCACUUCCAAACCUGAAAUCAGAAGACUGCUUGGAGUGGAAGAGGAAGACAUGCCUGAGGUGAAGGAACCAGAGCUGCCAAUCAUUCCAAACUAUCUUUCCAACCCACCCUUCCUGUACAGCAAGAUAGAUAAAGAUAACCUGAGCAUAGCACAGCAAAACGGCACCAACAGUCACCCAGAGCCCCUGGAGUCAGAACCAGCGACCCUGUCGCCGACGCAAGAGCAGCAGCUCCCGCCUCAGCAUCAGCAGCCCAAGAGCCUUUACACAGACAGCCAGAGCCCGCAGGAGUUACCCUUCAUCCCCACGGUGGAGCAGAACGGCGUGGUCAACGGCGGCCUGCCAAUGGAGCUCUCCUCAGAGACUCAUCACACCAACCACUGCGAGUUUACACACGCUCAUCCUAUCGCACAGAACGGCCCAGUGUGUCCCACGCUUCCUUCUCCCGGCGGAAGCAGCAGCCAGACGCAGGUUCCCAACGCCACGGUCACCCGGCAGCCGUCCAUCCCGCAGCAGAUCAACUGCUCCCAGCUCGGGGGCUCCAUGCCGGCCUUCCAGCCCUUCUUUUUCACCAGCACUUUUCCAGUUAACGUUCAAGAGCUCGUCCUGAAGGUCCGCAUCCAGAACACCAAUGUCAGAGAGAACGACUUCAUCGAGGUGGAGCUGGACAGGCAGGAGCUGACGUAUCGCGCCCUCCUCCGCGUCUGCUGCCGCGAGUUAGACAUCAGCGCAGAGCACGUGGAGAAGAUCCGCAAGCUGCCCAACACUAUGCUCAGAAAGGAUAAAGAUGUGGCACGGCUACAGGAUUUCCAGGAGCUGGAGGUGGUUCUGGAGAAGACCGAAGGCUUGUCGCUGUUCUCUGGAGGUCAGGGAGGUCUGACCGACAGGCCCUGCUACAACAUGAAGGCCUCCAGGCUCACCUACUAGCUUCACAUUAGAGACUCUCACGGUUUACCUGCUUCCUGAAAUCCCAAACACAUUUUGGAUCCCAAAAUAUGCUCCUGCUUUUGGGUUGGUAACCAGAUAUAACAUGUUAGCCUUAUUCCUCCUCUCCUUCAUUAACAGAUGUAUCCUUAGUGCCUCCUCUAUCAUUUUAACCAUAGAUAGCUUGUUAUACGGGCUUUGACUUGCUCCGGGGUGGAUGGGGUUUUUGCAUCGCUUCAGUUUGAAUAUUUAAAUCCAUCCAGGCCAUGAUUGGACUUGGGGAAAUAUUAAAACGCACCACUUUUGCAUACUGUCGGGCCUUGGAGUGUGUUCAGAUCUGUCUUACUGCCUUGCCUUCAUAUCGGGUCACUGUGUGAGAGUAGGCACAUUUCAUCAUACAUCCAACAAAUAUACAGUGUCCUAUCUCAAGUUCAGUCCAACAUUCUGGUGAAUCGGUUUAUAAAACUUAUGUUUUGUGUCUUUUAUGCUUGCGUUGAUUGAAGGAAGCCACGCUGAUUUCAUAUCAAUGCUUCUAAUUCAAUAAAUAUUUAGUUUGCCAGAAAACUCUCUGUGCCGUUUACCAAAACCUUGCCAUUAUUGUGGAAGCGCCCUUUUUAUUUAACCCUUGAGAACUUCAGUGCUGUAUUUUGAAUGCUGUUCUGUCAGUCACUGUAAGCCAAAAAACUCGUUCUGUAAACUAGCAUGGACUGUUUGGAGCAGAGAGGCCUCAUGGUCUUGUAUGAAGGCAAAAUAUGUUUUGAUUCUCUUGAACUUAACAAUGUAGCAAAAAACAAAAUCUUUGUUUUUUUCCCCUACGAUGAGCUUAAUUGGAAAAGAGUAAUAGGAUAUUUAACCACAGAGAGCUUCCACCGAGCAUAAUUUUGAGUUUUGACGAUGCUUCACUCUCACAUAUUUGAGAAGCAGGACCUGUAUUUAAGAAAUAGUGGUUAUAGUAGUGCCAUUUUACUUAACACUUUGCUGCAUUGUUGAUUAUGUUGAGCAUAGAAAUACU